UUUUUUGUUCUGUUCUGAUGCAGGUCUAGCCAGAGGAAGCACAGUCUAGGGAUGCCAGACCAGAGAGACCUGACUGAGAACCUGGCUGCCUCUCAGGGGCUGGCGCACAUGGUAGCAGAGUCCUCUCGGCUCUUCCAGGUGCCAGAAUACUGGCUAUUCCAGAACGAGGACUCUUUCAGUGAUGAGAUGAGGCAGAGUGAAAGGGGGCAGUGUCCCACACAGAACAGCACGCAGGCUUACCUGCACGAUUCAAUGCAAAUCGUGCUGACGGAGGCCAGGGAUAAAUUCAAAGGCUGGACGACCUGUGUUGCCUCAGAACAAGUGGAGCUGGCUUUCAAAAAGGUAGAUGACGCACAUCCCUUGCGACUCUGGAAAGCAUCGGCCGAGAUCGAGGCGUCCCAGGGGGAGGUCCUCAAUCGAAUACUGAGGGAGCAGAACAUUUGGGACAAGAACUUCCAGCAGUCGAAGGUCAUUGAAGCCCUGGACAAACACACUGAGAUAUAUCACUAUACAACACAGAGCGCCGUGUCUCAGCCACCCCGAGACUACGUUGUGCAAAGGUCCUGGCAGGCUGACAUUCACACAGGAACCUGCGUUUUAGCUGCUGCCUCUGUGGAGCACGCUGGCGCCAUGUGUGAGGGGAUCAGAGGAGAGGUGAUGGCGUGCCAGUACCUGAUCCAGACCACGGGACUGCGGAAAACCAGGCUGACUCACAUCUGCAGAACAGACUCCAGGGGACGAACCCCAGAGUGGUACAAUAAAGUGUUUGGACACCAGCAUGCUGCAGAGCUGCUCCGGAUACAAGACUCCUUCAAACCCGAAAUGAAAGAGACAAAAAUCUAACCUUCCUCUGUGGAGGACAAUGGACAAACAAACAAACACAACACAGGCACUUUAACAACGUUAGCAAACCAGGAUGAGGAACUCUGCCAGCCCAAAUAAAGAGGGAUGAAGGGCUUCUUCAGAACUCAGUCCUACAGUAAUAUAGACUUCUGUGUCUGGGCUCACAAUGACGAUUGUUUGAUGAACUGAUAAGUGUAUCCAGUGGCUAUGCAUGAUCAACCCUGAGAAUGAAGGCCCAGAGCACGAGCACACUCAGGCUCUUAGACUGCAUUCAGUUCAGCUGCAUGAGGUCCAUUCUGCAGCGCUCUGAACCCCCAGGCUCUUAUUCUGCAUUCAGUUCAGCUGCAUGAGGUCCAUUCUGCAGCGCUCUGAACCCCCAGGCUCUUACACUGCAUUAAUUUCACCUGCAUGAUGUUUAAAUCUACCUCUUUGAGGAAAUACCUAAUAUAAAUAGAUUCUAGACACAUAUACAAUAUAGCAGCAGGGGGGGGGCACUGCUGUUGUACCCUUGAGCAAGGUACUUUACCUAGAUUGCUCCAGUAAAAAUCCAGCUGUAUAAAUGGGUAAUUGUAUGUAAAAAUAAUGUGAUAUCUUGUAACAAUUGUAAGUCGCCCUGGAUAAGGGCAUCUGCUAAGAAUUGUAAUAAUCUGCUAAGAAUUGUAAUACAACAUAUAUUCAUAUAUAUAUAUAUAUAUAUAUAUCAAUGUAAAAAUAAACAAAUGUAAACAGAUUGAAAUGUAAGAAAUAGAAGGAUCACACUU